AUGACCAUAGCUUUGGACAAAUUGGAUGUCAUCCAAGAGCAGCAAGUAGAACUCUUUGAUCUUCAGUGUAAUACUACACUAAAGGAUACCUUCUCAACAGUGAGGAUUUGCACAUUUUGCCAAUACCUAGAAGACAGUGAUCCAACAAAAACCAGGAUCCCUGGUGAUGAACAUCAACAAGUUAAAAUUGUGUUGAAGACUCAGUGGCUGAAACUGGUUUUGGAACAGUCGCUGCAACUAGACAUUAAGAGGUACCAGAGGAGAGAAUUUGAUGUGGAUAACCUGAGCAAGCCAGAACUGCGGAUGCUCCUGAGCAUAAUGGAAGGGGAGCUAGAAGCACGGGAUCUUGUAAUUGAAGCCUUGAGGGCACGCCGAAAGGAGGUUUUUAUUCAGGAACGAUAUGGGAGGUUUAAUCUCAGUGACCCAUUUCUGGCCCUGCAGAGAGAUUUUGAGGCAGGUGCUGGCGAUAAAGAAAAGAAACCCAUCUGUACCAACCCCCUCUCCAUUUUAGAAGCUGUCAUGGCUCACUGCAGAAAAAUGCGAGAGAGAAUGUCAGCUCAGUUGGCUGCUGCUGAAAACAGACAAAAGAAGUUAGAAAUGGAAAAGUCUCAGUUACAGAAUCUUGAGCUGGAGCACAAGAAGUUAUCCGCUCGUCUUGAAGAAGAACGUGGCAAGAAUAAGCAUGUAGUUUUGAUGCUAGUGAAAGAAUGUAAGCAGCUGUCUGGCAAAAUAGUAGAGGAAGCACAAAAACUGGAAGAAGUAAUGUCAAAAUUUGAAGAGGAAAAGAAAAAGGCUAAUGAAUUGGAGAAAUCCCUUGCAGCUGAGAAACAAAGAAGUACACAGAUGGAAGCUCAAAUGGAAAAACAGCUCUCUGAUUUUGACACAGAAAGAGAGCAAUUGCGUGCCAAACUUAACAGAGAAGAAGCACAAACCAGUGACCUCAAAGAAGAGAGAGAAAAAAUGAAAAAAAUGAUCGAACAGUUGAAAAAGGAAAAUGAUGGUAAACCCAAACUUUCUCACACCCAUAGAAGUAAAGAUAGGAGUUUUGUUUCUGUAUCUGUUGAAACAGAAGGACCAACUUCUAGAACUAUUGCCUGCCAGACAGAUACAAUGCUGAUGGACCUUAGCUCUGAAAAUGUUAGGAAACUGCCUUUGACUGUACCCACAAAGCCUUCAGCAGUAAACCCUCUGGUUUCUGGUAGCACAAAAAUGAAUGUAUGCUCCAAUGCAGCAUUUGUGAAACCAGUCAUUGAUAGGCAAUCUUCCUAUAGUGAACUGAUUGUUCCCCCCACAACUCCUGUUCUAACUCAGAGUGCAAAUAGAAUUGAGGAAAAUGGACCAAGUAGUGAUUCAUCACCCGAUUUAACAAGUAGUACUCCCCCUUUCCCAAAUAAUGCUCCCCUCUCCAUCAUGUCACCAUCAAGUAUGGCAUCUCAAAACUACUCGUUAGCUUCAUCAGUGCAUGGUUUACAGUCACCAUCUGCCAACACUGCUGUGCCUCCAGGUCUAAAUCCACGAAUCCAAGCAGCUAGAUUUAGAUUUCAAGCCAACGCUAAUGAUCAAGACCAAAAUGGAAACACUACUCAAAGCCCUCCAUCAAGGGAUGUAUCCCCAACUAGUCGUGACAACUUAGUUGCCAAACAGCUAGCUCGGAAUACUGUUACCCAAGUUCUUUCGAGAUUUACAAGUCCUCAGAGUACUGCUAUUCUGCGUCCUGGAAUCCAACAUUCAAUGGAAGUUGGCACCUACCCUCCAGUUGGUAGAACAGGUUUAAAGACUCCCAAUGUAUCAAGAAUUGACAGAGGAAAUCCUCCACCUAUUCCUCCUAAAAAGCCAGGGCUUUCACAAACUCCUUCUCCACCACACCCACAGCUUAAAGUUAUUAUGGAUAGUAGUCGAUCCCCGAAUACGGGUGUAAAAAUUGACAGCAAAACCAUGGUUUCACCUCUUUCCACUUCACAGCAAGGAAUCAGGGUAAUAAAUGAGGAAAUAAUUUCUAAGUCCUCACCUCAACUGCCACCAAAACCAACUAUAGAUAUAUCUGUGGCAUCUACAGGCUGUGCCAUACCAGCCAUUGCCACAUCUCAGGUGGGUUCCUGGCCUUCCCAAUUCCCUGGACUGAACCAACCUGCAUGUUCAGAAAGUUCCUUUAUCAUUCCCACCACCAUUGCCUGUAGCUCCUCCAUAAACCCUGUUAGCGCUUCAUCCUGUAGACCAUGUGACUCAGACAGCCUCCUGGUAACAGCAUCAGGCUGGUCUCCCUCCCUAACCCCUUUGUUAAUGAGUGGUGGUCCUGUCCCCCUGGGUGGCAGGCCCACCCUUCUUCACCAAGCUGCUGCCCAGGGAAAUGUCACUUUAUUAUCAAUGCUGCUUAAUGAAGAAGGACUGGACAUUAAUUACUCCUGUGAAGAUGGCUAUUCUGCCUUGUAUUCUGCUGCUAUGAAUGGACAUACAGAUUGUGUGAGAUUGCUGCUGACUGCAGAAGCACAAGUUGAUGCUGCUGAUAAAAAUGGCUUUACACCCUUGUGUUCAGCAGUUUCUCAGGGACAUACCAAGUGUGCAGAAUUAUUAAUUAUGUACCAGGCUGAUGUUAAUUAUGCUGCUGAAAGAGGACAGACACCUCUCUACCUGGCCUGUAGAAAUGGAAAUAAUGAAUGCAUCAAACUCUUGCUGGAAGCUGGAGCAGAUCGAAGUGUGAAAACCACUGAUGGGUGGACACCAAUUCAUGUAGCUGUAGAUUCUGGUAAUGUUGACAGUCUCAAGCUCCUUAUGUACUAUGGAGAGCCAGAGAAUGGAAACUUUAUGAAUGAUGCAGAGCCUAAUUCAGACUACUUUGACUUGGAGUGCAAUCAAGACAGCUACAGCAGUAAAGCAAAGCCUGUUGUUUCUGCAGAUCUCAUCAACCAUGCUGACAAAGAUGGCUGGACUGCUGCCCAUAUUGCAGCAUCAAAAGGUUUUAAGAAUUGCCUAGAAAUCUUGUGUAGCCAUGGUGGACUAGAGAGUGAAAGGAAAGAUAAGUGUAAUCGAACACUGCAUGAUGUUGCUACUGAUGACUGUAAACAUCUCCUAGAGAAUUUGAAUGCUCUUAAUAUACCUUUAAGGAUUUCAAUCAAUGAUGCUGAACCCGCCUACUGUGGUACAGGGGAUUUUGACAUGGAAAAUACAAUAUGUGCUUUAAAUAUCCGCAAACAAACAUCAUGGGAUGAUUUUUCAAAAGCAGUGAGUCAGGCAGUGACAAACCAUUUCCAAGCAAUCGCAUCUGAUGGAUGGAGGAGCCUAGAAGACCUGACAUUUAAUAAUGCUACAGAAUCAAACAUUGGCCUCAAUGCAAGCAGUAUAUUAUCCGUCAAACUAGGAAAUGUUUCAUGGUCACCAGGUCAGAUUUUUCCCCAGCCACCAUGGGAGUUUUUGAACAGGAACACAGCUGAAAACAUAACUGUAUUUUUGUUUGGUCCUCAAGAAGGCUGCCUAAAUAGUGUGACUUAUGCAUCUAUGAUCCAUCUUCAGACACUGCAGAAUUAUCUCAGGCUGGUUGAACAAUACCAUAAUGUCAUCUUUCAUGGUCCAGAAGGAAGUUUACAAGACUAUAUAGCAUAUCAGAUAGCACUCUGCAUGAAGCAAAAACAAGUGGCUGCAGGAUUCACCUGUGAAAUAGUUAAAGUUGACGUGGAUGCUGAUUUCUCUAAGGAGCAGCUUGCAGAAAUAUUCAUUAAUAGCGCUUGUCUAAUCCCAGUGAAGCAGCUUCCUAUAAGCAAGAAAACUAUUGUGAUUUUAGAGAAUCUAGAAAAAGCAUCCUUAUCUGAAUUACUUGGGGACUUUUUGGCACCUCUUGAGAAUCGUGGCUCUGAAAGUCCCUGCACUGUUCAAAGAGCAGAUGGCAUUUCUGAGGCAUAUUACUUUCAUGAGAACUGCUUUCUAAUGGGAACAAUCGCAAAGUGUCGUCUUCAAGGUUCUGACUUGGUGGUUCAGCAACAUUUCCGCUGGGUUCAGCUAAGGUGGGAUGGAGAACCGAUCCAUGGCUUGCUUGAAAGAUUUUUAAGAAGGAAAGUUAUAAACAAGUUCAGAGGUAAAGUGCCACCUCCAUACAAUCCAGUAUGCAAGGUCAUCGACUGGAUUCUUACUGUUUGGCACCAGCUGAACUCCUGCUUAUCCCGGCUAGGUGCACCUGAAGCGGUCCUAGGGCCAAAACACUUCUUCUCUUGUCCAGUGGUGCCUGGUUAUGGUCACAUGACAGUGAAGUGGAUGUCCAAGCUAUGGAAUUCUGUAAUUGCCCCCAGAGUUCAAGAAGCAAUACUCUCCAGAGCCUCUGUGAAGAGACCAUCUGCACUGGGACAAACAGCAGCCAAAAAAUAUCCUAGCCAAGGACAACAGGCUGUGGUUAAAGCUGCACUCAGUAUCUUGUUAAAUAAAGCUGUCCUGCAUGGCUGCCCUCUUCCUAGAGCAGAGCUGGAUCAUUAUAAAGCAGAUUUCAAGGGAGGAAAUUUCCCUUUAUCUGUGGUUGCAAGUUACAAAAGCUGUAACAAGAAAAGGGGUGAAAAUGCUUCUUGGAGAAAAGUGAGCACAAGUCCCCGUAAGAAGUCAGGCCAUUCAUCAUCAUGGAACAAGCAGGAGACAAACAGAGAUGGAGUGAAAGCUAAGAGCACAUUGCAACAAAAUAGUAACAAAAAGGCUUCUCUCACCAAAAAAUCCCCAGAGAAUGAUCAGAUAAGAGUAUUAGAUCUGGAGCAAAGGCUGUCCCUUGGUUUUGACGAUGAAGUAGACCUUGUGCGAGAACUUCAGAGUAUGUGUUCCAGCAAAUCAGAGUCUGAUAUCAGCAAGAUUGCAGAUUCUAAGGAUGAGCUAAUGAUGUUCAGUAGCUCUCAGAAUGAUCCUUUGUUUUCAGCAAAAGUUCCUAAUCCAAACAAAACAAUGUCACAAAAGGAUGGGGCCUGUCCUCUCAGCAUCAGUCGAACUGUGGAAUGCAGCAACAGUAAAUCAAAGACUGAGUUGGGUGUUUCAAGAGUUAAAUCUUUUCUUCCUGUACCCAGAAGUAAGGUCACCCAGUCUUCUCAGAACACUAAAAGAAGCAGCAGCAGUAAUACAAGGCAAAUAGAGCUCGAUCAUAGCAACUCAAAUGGAGAGAUUUGGAACCUGCACAAAAAGAACAACAAAUCAAAAAUCUAACAAAAAGACCUGCCUACCAUCCAAUUUUUUUCAGUGUUUACAUAAUCUCCAUCAUAAAGUACAAGAACAUGUAAAUAGUUUUUAAAACAAAACUUUUACCUUGUAAUUAAUGUGUGUACGGGACCACAGUUUAAUUUGUAUGUAAAUCAGCUGUUUAUAAGGAAAAGAUUUUAUUGUUUUAAUCUGGAAACUAUUGAUUUAAGUUCACCAGUGGGCUGUUCUGCCAGUUUCAUGAGUGGUUUUUAAUAUGAAAAUUACUAUUGUUUAAAUGAUUAUAUUUAGGAGAAUUACCACAAAAUUCUGUGUAUAUGUUGUACAUAAAUAUAUUCUAUCAAGUUCAUGUGUUACAUUGCAUACAAAUGAGUUGCACAAUGCAUACAGUUCUGGCUUAAAACUAAUGUAUUUGCAUUUUAAAAAGACAGAACAGGUUUUUAUCUUCACUUCUUGAAAAAUGAAUGGAAUGUGGCAAUAAUCAAAAUGAGUGGAAAUGCAGAUCAGUUACUUUCAGCUACAAGCCAUAUUAAAUUGAUUAAAUUUGAUUACCCCACAGUCUGCCUGCCAGCGUGUGAUUCCAUUUCUCUCACGUUUAUCUUAAGUUCCACGUAUCUUAAAAGUUCUGAGUUUGCAUUACAGCUCCUACAUUUAGAAAAAGAAAAAUGGAGACAAAUUAUAAUGCAAUAAGUUAUUUCACACAAAUUCCCAUUUUUGAUAACUGAAGAAAAUGUGUUCCUCUUAUAAUUGAGUUUUUAAUGUAUAAUGGAAAACUUUUAAUGUUUUAGAAAAGAAAUCCAGGAAAUAAUGAUGUUUUACAAAAAUACCAGUGUUUUUUCAGUGUUUUUUCAAAUUGUACGAUAAAGAAAUUACAGCACAAACUUAAUUACAUGGUUAUACAGUGAUAAUGUAGCAGCAAUAACAUGUUACUAUGUAAUUACUAAUUUUUAUAGUGGAUUUAAUAUGUAAUUGCUGAAAUAGCAUUUGAAAUCACAGUUAACAUGAAAUAUUUUUUAUUUCACUACAAGUUUAUAUUAUUUUCCCAUGGGGGGGGACUGUGUAUGUGAAAAAAAUAUUUAUGGUUGCCACAAUUUAUACUUGUGAAUAGUAAUUGUGUGGAUACAAUCACUGUUUUGAUACCUUAUUAUCUAGUAGGAGGAGUAGGAUACACGGUUUUCUUAACAUCAGAUCUCAGUGCUACGUGGUAAAGAAGCUGUUUUUCUCAAGUUUGAUUUUUUUGGAAGGGGUAGGAGCUACAUAAAUGUAUCCUGACACUUCACCACUAUAUGUAAGGCAGUUAUCCCAAAUUAAUGUCAAUAAAUUUUUGUACUGCA